UUGGUGUGAAACAAUUAGAGUUGAUCGGACCUUUUAAUCUAGGCUCCGUGAGUGGCUGCUCCGGAGGCCUAGGACAGGGAUAGGCGGGAGGAACGGGAACGAAGAUAUAGAAACGAGCUGUCUUCCACAUUUCACGUCGAGUAGGGUAUUUUUCUUCUUUCCCAUACUUAUUCUCCAAGUCGGGCCUGUGUUUCCCAUUUCUUCAUGCCCUUGUUCGUUGUCGAGUAGCUCAUAGCCUCUUAAUCUUUGUGAUGCCCAUGGAUAUUCUACCAGCGUCUUUUCGGCCAAGUGGUCGAACUCGUUUCCAGUCUGUAGAAGACGGCAAGCCAGAUAGUAGCACCGAAUCAUGGUCGAAGAGUGCCGCCAUAGCAAACUAGCGCAGCCGGCUGCAGACGACAAACUCGCAAUCUUCAGGCACCUAGUCGGGAUCCAUAGCACGCGCUCCUUCGCACCCUCCACUUCCGCAGGAAUCCUGCCUGACCUCUCUCACAACAAUCUCCAUUUCGACGGGCGCGCGGCACCGAAUCUCGGAAUCUAUAAUCGCAUCGUGCACCGCGAGCAAGCGGCAAAAAGAGGCUACAAGUUUGCUUCUAUCCUCAUAAACUCUUGUCUCGGAAUUCAAGUCAUCGUCGCCGCCGCGUUGACAGCGAUGGGCGCCGCGAACUCCUCACACGUCUCGAUCACCGCAUUCGGCGCGAUAAAUACAGUCAUAGCAGGUAUUCUGACGUAUCUGAAAGGAAGUGGUCUGCCGAGUCGGAUACGGUACUAUGAGAAUGAGUGGAAGAAAGUGCGGGAGUAUAUCGAGCAAAGAGAGCGUGACUUUAGUCGGCCGAACUGUACACUCGAUGUGUACGAAGUUGUGGGGGUAGUCGAAGCCAUGUACGAGGAAGUGAAAGCAGAUAUCCAGACGAAUAGACCGGACAACUAUGUCAGUGUCGGCGAGAUCCGGAACCGAGCUACGACAACUACGUAUCCGCAGAUCCCAAAGCUGAGCAACUUGACAGGAACAAUGGGCGCUCAGGAGAAGAAGUUCAAGGAGUUAGAGAUGAAGUAUGGGCAUAAGAUUACAGAGUUCUUGGACGGACUGGCGAGGAAGGAAGAGGAGAGACUGAAGACGAUUGAAGGAGAGCUUAGAGCGCGGAAAGAGCAGAUGGGCCAGAAAGCGGAGGCAUUUGAAAAGGACAUCGAAGCGAGGGGUACAAGAUUCGUAGAGUUGGAGAAGGAGGCGGAGAAGGGCAUCGCAGCGAAAGGCUCGAUGCUUGUAGAUUUCGAGCGGGAUGUGGAGAAGGAAGGGGAAAGGACCGGGGGGAAUCUAGCACGGCUAGGGCGAGAAGCUCAGGACGAAAUCCGAUUUCAUGGAAGAGGCUAAUGUGUAAUGGGAAUCAAUGCCGAAGCUGUUGUGCUUUCAACAGGCGUAGAGGAGUGCUUGCGUUGAGGGGAACCUUGGAAAGUGGUUAGAUAAUAGUGGAAUCCUUAUGACGUAAACUGCGUCAAGCGUGC